AUACCACUCAGAGGGUAAGAAAAUUCUAGGAACCCCAAGAGUAAGGCUCUCCAUCUCCACUUACUGCCAGGGGCCCAUCUCUAUAGUGACUGACACCAGCAGUGAGCACCAAGCCUCCUUACUGCCAGGCCAGAAGUCGUGAGCCAGCUGGGCUCUGCAGCUGGGAAACUUCCCAUUUAUGGAGAACUCUCAGAGUACUUAUCACAGAGGCAGACUGUCCCCUGGUGGAACACUCCUGCCCUCCAAACUCCACCCCACCAAGCAUUUUCAGUCUGUCCUAGGCAAGACAGAUGAACUCUCUUCCAGCAUGCCUCAAAGCAGACAAAGAUGCAUCCAGAGAAAAAUCAUAAUCACUCAGGGUAUGAGGAUGCUAGCAUCACCUUGGCCAAAUCCAAGAGGUCUUCCUGGAAGAGGGUCCAAACUAGAUCCUAAAGAAUGCUGUCAGUAGUUGGAAUAGAGUUGUGAAUUUUAGGCACGGUGAGAGGCCACAGGAUAAGCCAACUAAGCAGACAGUGAGGGCUAGGGCUGUAGGAGAGACCCAAAGAGCUGGAGAGGGUAAUGGAGGGAAUGAUCAGUGAGAAAUGCUGGGACAUAUGCUUGCUUACCAGUCUGUGGUAAGCAAGGUGACAAAGCUGUCCCAGAGUUUAAAAGGAAAAUUAAUGGGCACAAAGGAUUUAGAAAGAGCCUAUGAAAGUGAGUGUGAUGCCUACAGAAGCAAAGCUGAGGCAUUCCCUAACAGAAUCAGUCUCCAGAGAAACGGGCUCCCCCUUAGGUUCAUUUUCCCCUUCCUGCCUGGCCUGGCCUAUCCCCACCCGUCUGCUGGAGGAGCCCUGUUGCUUACACCCUGUCAAUGUCCUCACACCCAGCACUAAUUGUUCAGCAUUUCCUCUCCCAGCAAGUAGGAGCCUAGGGAAGCCCCAGUGGCAGGGAGAGGGGGUUGACCUUGUACUGGCAUAAUGGGAAAUGAAGACAGAGGAUCCUAUCCAGGUAAGGGUGGGACACUGGGGGGCUGUCACCCAAGUUUAUUUUCACCAUGGCCCAAGGAAAAAGAAAUUAGGUGACUUCAAAUCCUGUCAAGAUAGACACCCAGUACCAGGGCAUGGGACUUAAGCAAAGGCCCUUGGUGGGAAGGAGGGAGGUGAUCUCAGUUAUGAGAUGGGAAUCAGCCUGAAAAUUAGACAAUCUGAGCAGAUAGCAGAAUUUGGUUCUUGAGGAGCAGAAUUGGCCUAAAGCAAGCUCCAGGUCAUGCUGGGAGGGGAGAGGAAUACCCAGCCUGAGGCUGUGGAGCACCAAAUGGCAGGGGAACCUGUUGCAUAUCAGACCCUUUAUCACGUGUAGCUAACCCUCACAACAAAGCUGUGCCAUGGAUACCACAGCCCCAAUUCACGAGCUCACAGCAGCUUCAGGAGAAUUACAAGACUGGUCCAGUCUCUAUUGAGAGGCAGAGUUAAACCUGGAUAGGCUCAAUUUCAAAUCUCAGUCUGUCCCAUUAUUAUACAGAACCUCCAAUUCCUGAGGGAGCCUCAAGUUGGGCAAGUGCACAGCCACUUACCAGUGGGAUGAGAGAGAUGAUGGUUCAAGAUGAAACCCAGCCUGCAUCUGUGGCCUGAGGCUAGAUUGAGAGCCAGCAGAAGUCAUGGUCAAGAGUCCUCGCUGGGCUCUGCAGAUGCUGACACUCUUAUCUAGUAUCAUAGAAAUGAAUUCUACCAUCUAAAUGAACUUUCCAGAUAUAUAAAGUUCACCCCUUUAUAAUUUAAAACUCUAAAAAAACUCAUUUUGGAAGGAAGUCAUUCUAAAACAUUACACUCAUCUUCAGCACAUCUGCAAUAUAACAUAAAUCCUCUAGAUAGCUGAGGAUCACUCAGAAACCAAACAACUCUGCAGCAAUGUCUUCAGAAGCUGUGAACAGUGUCAGAAAAGCUAUUUGCCUUAAUGCCAGAUGACCUUGGAGCACUUUUUAAAUGUUAGGACUGCUUUAAAAGUUUUCUGUGAUGUUGUUUCUCUUGCUAUUAGCUACUGUAGGGGUCACUAGCUGCUAUAGAUGUACUUCUAAUCUUCAAGUACAGAACACAGGUGGAACAUUAAAAUUGUGAAUAAAGUUAAGGACAAGUAGGCUGUGACCAAGGACUGUAGAGUCUAUCCAGUGAAGUACACAAGGACUGUAGCUGCUUAGUUCUGCUCCCGCUAGACCCUACGCUGUUGCCCUAUUAUUGACCUCCAUCCACAUACUGCACUAGCAAUCCCCAGAUCACUGAUUUGCUUCAAUUGGAAAAAUCCACUGAAGAUGGCAAUAAAGAUUGUUCCCAAUAAUAGGAGACAGCUGGAAUAUUUAAGACAAAGAAGGCAGCAUAGCAUAGAGAUGAAAGGUAGUCUCUGGCACUGGAAGGAUCUGGGUGGGAAUCAUGGUGUCCCCAUUUUCCAGCUGCAUGAUUGAUUUGGAGGACAGGUCACUCACCUAUCACUCUGAGCCUCAGGGUCAUGAGGAUGAAAGGAGAUAAUUCAGGAAGGUGCUUAGCACAGCAUCUGACAAAAAUGGGGUGAGAAGGGGCCAGUAAAUCAAAAUGCGUGUUUGGGUCCUUGAUGUCAGGAAGACAAGAGUGGGAGCCUAAAGUGAAAGGGACCUGGCAGAAAAGGUGCAGUAGAGCAGUGCCUCUAUCUUGGCUUCCCCCAGAGAGGUGGGUGUCACUGUGUGUCUGCCCGGUGUAGCCCAGAAGGGCUGGGGCUGCUCCAGAGUGCACUGAGGGGGCUUGCCCGCCUCGGGACUGGGAACUUACAGAUGGCUAGCUGCCCCUCCCCUUUUUCCUGCUCUGAUUAACACGAGGUUGGUGGACCUGGCACGGAGGGACAGGUGGGAAGUCUCCACAGUGGUUUGUACCCACCGGAACCAAGUGAAAAAACGAAGCUGCCCAAACAAAGCACCAAGUCUCCCUCCUCAAAGCCCCCAUCUGCCUAGAGGCCAGGCUGGGAAAUGGGUACUUUUGUGGGUCUUAGCCCAGAAGGGGUGACAGGCGGAAGGAGGGGGUGACAGGAAAACCUGGUGGCAGGGUGGCUGUUCUGUCCCUGUGUCUUUUUUGGUUUCUUCCUUUAGCCCCUCCAUCUAGCUACUGGGCACCCACUCUGGGCUGAACGUUGGGCUAAGGGGUUGGGAUACGCAGACAAAUGACACAUAGUCCUAGCUCCUGGAAAAAGACCACCCAGGUCCUGGAUCCUUGCUUCCUCCCAUCUUCAGCUCCCUUACCCAUGACCCCUCGCCCCACUUCUCUGAACCCGUCUCUUCUGCCCCUCUGACUUUGUUCUGUUCACAUCUUAACCAGACUCCGCUGUGGGUGUGCUCCCAGAGGGAAGAGACACAAAGGAAGGGGGGGCAGAAAGGAGGGAAUCCCGCUGACAUCACGGCUCAUUAGCAUGUGUGACCUCAUCAGGGGGCGGGGCUAUCUCCCCAGGUGUGGGGGGGUAGAGCAUGGGGGGGUGGUAUUUAAAGGGAAAAGCUGACAGUGCUGCUGAGUGAGCGAGCGGGUGCUGCAAGCUACCGGGCUGCACACGCACAACGAUGCAUUCGGACCUCGACACCGACAUGGACACCGACACGGAAACCACAGCACUCUGCCCCUCCAGCAGCCACCGGGCCUCUCCUCCAGAGACACCCACACCAGAAGCAGAUGCCACACUGCUGAAGAAGCCAGAGAAACUGCUGGCAGGGUUGGACUGGGGCAGGCCACCCCCUGCCCCAGGGGCUCCCAGACGAAGAGGCAGUAUGCCUGUCCCCUACAAGCACCAGCUGCGGCGGGCCCAAGCUGUAGAUGAACUUGACUGGCCACCUCAAGCCUCAUCCUCUGGCUCCUCUGACUCCCUGGGCUCAGGGGAGGCAGCCCCCACCCAAAAGGAUGGCAUCUUCAAGGUCAUGCUGGUGGGGGAGAGCGGCGUGGGCAAGAGCACCCUAGCAGGCACUUUUGGUGGUCUCCAGGGAGACAGUGCUCACGAGCUGGAGAACCCAGAGGACACCUAUAAGAGACGCAUCAUGGUGGAUAAGGAGGAAGUGACUCUAGUUGUUUAUGACAUCUGGGAACAGUCACCGACCGACGAAGCUUCUCCAAAGUUCCAGAGACCCUACUUCGGCUCAGGGCUGGAAGGCCCCACCACGAUCUGCCUGUCAUCCUUGUUGGAAACAAGAGUGACCUGGCCCGCUCCCGGGAGGUCUCACUGGAGGGCCCUUUUACCUUUCCAGGUGCACAAAACUGCAAUUGGCCCCAGGUUAAGGGCAGACUUUCAAUGCCCACACCUAGGGCUUGAGACCCUCUCUUCACUCCCCCUCACCUCUUCUGAAGGCCCUUUUCUCCCUCCCUUUCCGCAUCACCAGCGCCCUCCAACUGAUCCUUGCUUGUUCCCUCUGUGCAAGAGAUUGACUUGCCCCAAUCCCUUUUCACUGCACGCCCUGGAGCCCCCAGGUCCAGCCUCGCCCCAUCCCUGGCCCAGCGCAGCCCAGUGGGAGGGCGGGCGCCUGAAGAGGUCCCUUCCUGCAGAGGGCCGCCAUCUGGCAGGGACACUGAGCUGCAAGCACAUCGAGACGUCGGCCGCGCUGCACCACAACACGAGGGAGCUCUUCGAAGGAGCGGUGCGCCAGAUCCGGCUGCGGCGAGGCCGGGAUGGCGCCGGGGGCCCGCGGCCCGAGUGGGGCAGCCCCGAGGGCCCCGCUCCGCCCGCGCGUCGCGAGAGCCUCACCAAGAAGGCCAAGCGCUUCCUUGCCAACCUGGUGCCGCGCAACGCCAAGUUCUUUAAGCAGCGCUCCAGAUCGUGCCACGACCUCUCAGUGCUCUGAGCCGUGGUCGCCAUGGUCACCGCGCUCUCUGCCCGCCCCCUAGCCCCGCCCCGCCCUCCUUCGGCUUCCUCCUGAAGACCGUCUAGGAAACCAAAAACUCCCGGGACACCUUGCUGUGACCGCGGGAGGCGGGCCCCCCGCCCCCAGGCCCCGGAGGGCGUCGCCCCACCCGCUCCAUGCGCUCUCCGUUUACCUCCCGGCCUCUGGGCUCCUGGAAAGAGGAAGCGGACCCGCCGAGGGCGAGCCGCGACCGGUGGGCGGGGCAGCUUCCGGCGGGCGGGGAGAAAAGUUCUGCAAGGGAUUUUUUUUUAUUAAUUCACGCUUGACCACCUCUCCUGUAAAGAGAUGCUAAAAGCAAGAAUUGGAAGAGACCUUUGUAGACUUCUUUACAGUUUCCCACCUUUGUACUCAGCGCGAACAUGCCUCAUCAUAAGAGAUUCUUAAAGGUAAAGUCACAGAGCCGCUUCCUUUAGACUUUCCUACAGCGUCCUGGCUCUGAUCUGCUGCACUUGUCCACUUUGCCCUUAAGAAGUUCUUAAAGGCAAGGGCCUAGAAGCGCUGUUCUUCAGAUUCUGUGACUUACCGUGGCACCACGGCACUUCCCCUUUAAGGUUAUUAAAGGUAAGGCGUGCAGAGACUUUUGCCUGAAGAUUUGAGGGGUGGCAACCUGCCUUUUGCCAGGACCCAGGAGGCACCACCAAGGGGACCACCUUUCUCUUUUCAAUAAAGAAUUUUUCUACUGCACUUGCUCACUUUGACUCUGUUCUCAAAGUUCCCAAGAAAGGGAUGGAUGGAUUUAGGUUCCUUGCUCCCAUGAGCCUGAGUUCUUGUCGAACAGUUCUAGGGAGGCUCCGGAACUUAGUCUGAGUAGUCCAUGACAAGGCGAAAAAGGUCCCUAGAGAACAGAGUCCAAUUUUUCCCUUUGCUAGUGAGAAAAACAGGCCUGGAGAGGAGUAGGGACCUGCUAGAAUAAUUCGGUAACUCAGUGAUCAAGUCCCCAUCUCCUUACCCCUUAAUCCUGCAAGGAGCAGGCUGGAGGCUACGUUUUGUGCCCAGAACUACUCUCAGCUGUGACCUGGGAUGGUUCAAGGUGGGGCCCACCUCCAACAGGGAGGCCCAUCAGCUAGGGUUUAAUGGGGUUGUCCUGCACCUCCCCUGGCAGGGCCCCACCACCCCAGCUGUCACCUGCAAGGCCCGUGUGAGUACUGAAGCUGUCAGUGCCUCCCCUGGGGACGCCCACGCCUGCUGCUGCCUGAGCCACGAGUUUGAACAAAGAGCAGAGGCAGCAACUCCCCUCACCCCUAGAUAGACGAUACAGCUACCUGAGCACCUGGGGGCCAGGCCUCCACUGCACCCUACCCAGGUUCCCAGAGCUAGAUGGAAAGAAGGAUGUCUCCUGAGUCCUUGCAGCUGAGGAGGAGCCAAGGGAAACCAGCCCAGCACUGGUGGUGAGAUAAAAAUAGUAACACUGUCCUUAGGACUUUAUUCACUUUAUCUC